AUGGAAGACUUUCUCGACGAAAUGGACACGACACCCGCCUUUGCCCCUAUUUCUGCCGCAAUUCGUGCGCUUGCUCACCGCCUAGAAGCCAGUCAGGACAAUUUUCUCCGUCAACUGGAUGCCAUCGAAUCUGCUUGCUUAGAACUUCUUAAGCGUUCGGAGCCACGAUCUCCAUGUGCCUUUUGCACACUGGGACAAAACCGCGACAUGCAUCACAGUGCUAGAUGCAGCAGAUUCCCAGACGCUGUCGCUAGAACUCUGCAGGCAGCCAGACUUGUGCUAUUUGAGCGCUGCCUCAAAGAGAAACAUGGCAGAGACGACUGCGGUGUCAACUGCGUGCAUUACGGGUUACCGCAUAACACGCUUUUGUGCAGCAGCCGUGGUCGUCCCACCGUUUCCUACAAACGUCGUCAGAACUAA